GGCCGCAGGGGUUUGGGGUCCAUUUUCGUCUGGGCGUCGGGGAACGGCGGCAGAGAGGGCGAUUACUGCUCCUGCGACGGCUACACCCACAGCAUCUACACCAUCUCCAUCAGCAGCACCACCGAGAACGGCUACAAGCCCUGGUACCUGGAGGAGUGUGCCUCCACCCUCGCCACCACCUACAGCAGCGGGGCUUUUUACGAGCGGAAAAUAGUCACCACAGACCUCCGGCACCGCUGCACGGACGGCCACACCGGCACCUCUGUGUCUGCUCCCAUGGUUGCAGGCAUCAUCGCCUUGGCUUUGGAGGCAAACCCCCUGCUUACCUGGAGGGAUGUCCAGCAUCUGCUGGUCAAAACCUCGCGGCCGGUGCACCUGCGAGCGGCCGACUGGAAGACCAACGGCGCGGGGCAUAAAGUUAGCCAUCUAUAUGGCUUCGGUCUGGUGGAUGCAGACGCUAUUGUGGUGGAAGCCAAGAAGUGGAAGGCAGUCCCUCCCCAGCACGUCUGCGUGGGAAGCCUGGAUAGGGUGCCCAAGUACAUCCGUGCGGACCACGUGCUGCGCGCCAGCACCCUCAGCAGUGCCUGCGCUGAGCACCGCGACCAGCACGUGAUCUACUUGGAGCACGUCGUGGUGCGGCUCAGCAUUUCACACCCACGCCGGGGUGACCUCCAGAUCAGCCUGGUCUCUCCAGCAGGGACCAGGUCACAGCUCCUCGCCAGGAGGUUGUUCGACAACUCCAACGAGGGGUUCAAAGGCUGGGAGUUCAUGACUGUCCACUGCUGGGGGGAGAGGGCGGCGGGGGAGUGGACCCUGGAGAUCCACGACACGCCAUCCCAAGUGCGCAACCCUGCGGUGCAAGGGAAGCUGAAGGAGUGGAGCCUCCUCUUCUAUGGGACGGCCGAGCACCCCUAUGCUGGGCUGGGUGGUCCCCAGCCCCGUGGGAGGAUGCUGGAGGUGCCGGCAUCGGAGAUGGAGCCAUCGAGAGCUGCCUUCCUGCAGAGCCAGGUGGAGGUGGUGGAGGAGGAGGAGGAGUAUGCAGGUCCGUGUCACCCCGAGUGCGGCGACCAGGGCUGCGACGGUCCCAAUGCCGACCAGUGCUUGAACUGCAUCCACUACAGCCUGGGCAGCGUGAAAACCGGCAGGAUGUGUGUGAGCUCGUGCCCCGCCGGGUUUUUCGGUGACAAAGGUGCCCGGAGGUGCCGCCGGUGCUACAAGGGCUGCGAGCGCUGCGUCGGGAGGGGACCGACCCAGUGCACGGCGUGCAAGCGGAGCCUCUACCAUCACCAGGAGAUGAGCACCUGCGUGGUGCUGUGUCCGGCCGGGUUUUACACCGAGGAACGUCAGAAACGCUGUCUGAAAUGUCAUCAAAGCUGUAAAAAAUGUGUCGGUGAAGCAGACAAAUGUACUGCAUGCAAAGAUGGAUUCAGCUUGGCAGGAGAGAGCUGCGUGCCGGAGUGCCAGCCUGCCAUGUACCUCAGCCGGGAGCCCCGGCGGUGUGAGACCUGUCCCACCAGCACAGGGCCAGGCGAGGAGGACUGCGCGCCGUGUGCCCCCGAGCCCCCUGCACCCCACUGGCGCUGCGUCCCCGCCUGCCGUGAGGGCUUCUACCCUGCCGACAGCCACGGGCUGCCCAACAAAGUCUGCAAGAGGUGCGACGACCACUGCUCAGCCUGCGAGGGCUCCGGUGGAAACUGCCUCAAGUGUAAGGAAGGUUUCAGCCUCCUCGGUGGCUCCUGUGUAACAAAUGAAACCUGCACCAACGCUGACAAGACUUUCUGUGAGAUGGUGAAAUCAAACAAGCUCUGUGAAAAGAAGCUGUUUGUACAGUUCUGCUGUCAGACGUGUCUUAUGGCUGGGUAA